UGGCGUCGCUUUUUGUUCGACCUGUUGGUGUGCAGUCUCGCCCAGUGCGCGGUGAGGCUGUGCAGGCACUGCUGAGGCAGCUAAAGCAGCAGCAGCGAUAUUGAAGGUCCCUGUUUCAGACUCCGCUUUCUGUGGACGGAGAACGCGGCCAUGGCGGAUUACGAUGCUUACGACGACCGAGCUUACGGGAGCUUCGGCGGCGGCAGAGGACCCCGAGGUGGAGCUGGGCCAGGAGGGCCACGCAAGCAGAAGGAGCUACCUACAGAGCCCCCUUACACAGCAUAUGUGGGAAACCUGCCCUUUAACACAGUACAAGGAGACAUAGAUGCCAUUUUCAGAGAUCUCAGUAUUAGGAGUGUGCGACUAGUAAGAGACAAAGAGACAGACAAGUUCAAAGGUUUUUGUUAUGUAGAGUUUGAUGACUUGGAAUCUCUGAAAGAGGCUUUGACAUAUGAUGGUGCUCUCCUUGGAGAGCGAUCAUUGAGGGUGGACAUAGCAGAGGGUCGAAGGCAAGAGCGAGGUGGAGGGUUUGGCUUCCGAAAAGAUGAAAGAGGCCGCGGUGCCCCACGGGGGUCCAGAGGAGGGGGACGCGACUCUAGAGACGACUUCGACCACUCUGGAGGAGGCUUUAGAGAGGACGAUUUCAUGGGCGGGAGGAGUCGAGGAGGCACUCGUCCUGGUGACAGACGGAUGGGUAGCGGAAUGGGUCGCUACAGAGAUGCACCUCCACGUGGUCAGACGGAUUUCAGAGAACCCUCUGAAGAGGAAAGAGCACAGAGACCAAGGCUACAGUUGAAGCCUCGCACAGUCUCUGAACCCCUAAACCAAGUGGCCAAUCCAAACUCGGCCAUCUUUGGGGGUGCCAAACCCAGGGAGGAGGUAAUAUCCAAAGAAAAACACUAAGAGACUGCAGCCUCCCUCAGUGCGCUAAGACGGACAGAGGGAGGAAAGGGAGGGGAGGGGAGGGGGGAGGAGAGGAGAGUGCAGGACUGGGACGACAAAAAAAAAGAAAGAAAGAAAAAAAAAACACGUAUCAUGCCAAUGGGAAUAAGAUAAGACUCUGUCAUCAUUCCUACUAAUUGAUGAAUGGAGUCCCUCCUUCUUCUGAAACUUCUGGAGUCCCUCCUUCUUCUGAAUUUGAGUGAAUAUAUUUAUUCAAGAAGGAAAAAAAUUUAUAAAAUAAAAAAAAAAACCUUCAUGACACACUUGCACAUACACACGCAUACACAAAACGAGCAGCUCGUGAAUGCAUGUCAAACUGAUAAAUCGUUUUUACGUCCACCUCUGCUUCCCUGUAAGUAGUGCCUGCUCUGUGCUGUAGUUUUUGUCAGGGGAAGGCUCAUUCAUGUUCUUUGUGACACAAAAAGGGUUUGAUAGAGCUGCUCUCUUAAAUGGAAUCCAAACUGUAGAUUUAAACUUUUUUUUUUUUUUUUAAUUUUAAAUGUAUACAUGAUUACUCAAAUUAUACCCCGUUACUGUGUGAUGGAAAUAAUGCGGGUUUGGAUAUGGAUUUAAUUUGGCUCAGCCUUUUACCUAAGAGGUUAGAUACAUAUUUCUCUGUGCUCGUUAUUAAAUCCAUAUUCAUUUUUGUGACUGUGAUGCAGAUAUUAGUGUCAGUGAAUAUCCCCCACAUCCCUGAACCCCCCCCCGCCCUGUUAUUUAUUUUUUUGUGAGUUGCUCCUGUGAACAAAGCAUAGUGAAAUCACAAGAACAUCAGUGCACCAGCCCUCAGCUGUUUUAUGGACAACCCUCCUGUUGAAGCAGACUCAAACAUUUUGAAUACACACUUACACAUAUGGUGCUUUCCUAGCCCUAAAUGUGUGCAAUAGUGAUUUGACACAGUAAGGAUUUGGUAGUCCAAGCAUACAGGCAGCGUUCAGUUUUGGGGCUGUGUGCAUGUAAAAUAUAAGUAGUAGAAAUGACAGGUCAUUUUAUUAGUCUACUGCAAUCUCCUGUUCACCUGGUACUGAUUUAUAUUGUUUGGUCACUUUGUUCAUGUGCAGAAUAAGUGUUACAUUUCAGCUUCUGUGAAACAGGCCCUUGUCUAAUCAUUAUGUUCUUGUUUUUGUUUUCCCGUUCUUAAAGAAUUGAUAUAGCCGUGUGGCUGCGUUAUUCUGGAAGGCUAGACUGGAUCUACGGGCUUUGUCCACGAAAAAUCUUUCAAAGACGUGUGGGCAGAGGGUGAGAGGUAUCAAGCUCCCCCCCUUUGCACACAAACCCAAAACAAGGCCUCGUGUGAUUGGUUAAAAAGAAGCUGGACUUGGGGCCAAUGGGGGAAAAAAGUCGUGGCCUAGGCUUACACCUACCCGCGUCUUGUCAUCUAUAUGUGAACCUCGCACACCUAAGCAAGACUCAAAGGACAGUGGCUUCAGUUUGAUUCUGUUGCCUUUGGGUAAGGACCUUACUGUGUGUAUUCUUUUCUCUCCCUUUCCCAAGGCAUCUUUAUGUUAAAGCAUUUGAAAUUGAAAUUCUAGACACAUGGGAGUAAUUGCAGACCCACUGUGUCUUUUUAUAUUUUGCUUACUAAAUUGCUGCUCCAUUUCUGAAAUAACGUUUUUGGGCUUUCAGCAACCACUGUCUUAAACAUUAAAUGGUUAAAUGGCAAGAGAAUCUGAAUGUUCAUUUCUGUUUCGUAUGUAAUUCUGGCAUAAUCAUUUUGAAAGGUUUUUUUCUGACCAAGUCUGUUUUAUCCAGGUUAAGCGAUGCUUUCUGCAAUGAUGCAAGACAGCCAGCUUGUUUAGAAGAAUGAGAUGAAAGCUUGCUAGAUUUUGAACAUGGAUAGCGGCUACAGUCUCAGUCAGGCAAUUGUCAGCGUUCACAGCUUGAUAGUAAUGUAUUUCAUCAAAAAAGUUAACUAUGAAUCACUCUUUAACAUGGACAGUAAAAACUGCCUUGACAUAGGAAGCUUCUUGAACAAAAGUAAAAAAAUAAAUAAAUAAAAAUAAAAAAAAAUAAAUAAAGUCACCCGCACAUUUCCAAUCAAGGUGAUACCAGGCACUAGUCUUGUCUAUUAGAUCAGGUAUAGGUUUCUCUUUGGAUAUCCAUGUGUUGCAACCUUUUUAUUUUACAUUUUACUGGACAUGAAAUGGAAGAAGUAGAGCCUUUUCUUACUGUACUAUAGAACGAUUGGCUGUUUUUAUUCUUUUGUUUUUCUUUUCAUUUUUCCUACACUGUUUAUGGCAAUAAAAUAUAUCAUCUUAAA